CGGCCGGGAGCCAUUCAGAAAAAGCGCAGCCGAGCAGCGCAGGCGCCCGCCGCCGGCCGAGCGCGGGGCCGGCGGAGUGAGGGCGGCCGCGAGGUAGUUUCUCUUUCUGCCGGUCUUUUUUGUGGCGUGCGUUGAAGGCGGCGCUCCGAGGUGAGACAGGAGAAGUGAACUUUGUUUUGCGGUUGUUGCCGCCGUGUUUGAGGGGCACAAGGACAGCUCCGGACUCCAGAAGAAAUGAACAUUUCUUUCUAACGUGGAUUCCCCACCCUCCUGUCUUUUCCCGGACGGUUUUCCAAUUUUAGGAGUCUUAGAAAGCUCUAGCCCUCAUGCCAGGAUGGCAGAAGAUGAGCCUGAUGCUAAGAGCCCCAAGACUGGGGCAAGGGCCCCACAAGGUGGUGCUGAGGCUGGGGAACCCACAACCCUUCUCCAGAGGAUCCGAAGUACCAUUUCCAAGGCCGUACAGAACAAAGUAGAGGGAAUCCUGCAAGAUGUUCAGAAAUUCUCAGACAAUGACAAGCUGUAUCUCUACCUUCAGCUCCCCCCAGGUCCCAGCACUGGAGAAAAAAGCUCAGAGCUAAGCCCACUCACCAAUGAGGAGUACAUGUAUGCCUAUCGGUGGAUCCGCAACCACCUAGAAGAGCACACAGAUACCUGUCUGCCAAAGCAGAGUGUUUAUGAUGCCUAUCGGAAGUAUUGUGAGAGUCUUGCCUGUUGCCGCCCACUCAGCACAGCCAACUUUGGCAAAAUCAUAAGAGAGAUCUUCCCUAACAUCAAAGCCCGAAGGCUUGGUGGCCGGGGUCAGUCCAAGUACUGCUACAGUGGCAUAAGAAGGAAGACCUUGGUCUCUAUGCCACCCCUGCCUGGACUGGAUUUAAAGGGUUCUGAGAGUCCAGAAAUGGGUCCAGAAGUAACCCCCGCACCUCGGGAUGAACUGGUAGAGGCAGCCUGUGCCCUAACCUGUGACUGGGCAGAGCGAAUCCUGAAGCGGUCUUUCAGUUCCAUCGUUGAAGUCGCCCGCUUCCUGCUACAGCAGCAUCUCAUCUCUGCCCGAUCUGCACAUGCCCACGUGCUUAAGGCCAUGGGGCUUGGUGAAGAGGAUGAACAUGCCCCUCGGGAACGGUCAUCUAAAUCCAAGAAUGGAGUAGAGAACCUGGACGGGGGAGCCCAUAAGAAACCAGAGAAACUGGCCCAGUCUCCAAAGGAGUUGGAAACCCGGGCUGGGCCCAGCCCUCCAGCACGUGGAGAGCGCAAGAAGAGUGUAAUUGAGAGCUCUGCACCAUCAGCCAGUAACCCGCAGGUCAAUGCCCUAGUGGCCCGGCUGCCUUUGCUCCUUCCCAGGGCCCCUCCCUCACUUGUUCCACCAAUCCGAGUUUCCUCACCCAUCCUGGCCCCCAAGCUUUCUUCAGGCACCCUACUGCCCCUGCCCAGUAGGGCUGGGGGACCCCAGGCAGCUGUGCCUAUCAUUAACAUGAUCUUACCAACAGUUCCUGCUCUGCCUGGACCUGGGCCAGGGCGAGCUUCACCUGGGGGACUCACUCAUCCCAGGGGCACAGAGAACAAGGAGGUAGGCAUAGGUGGUGACCCAGGACUCCAUGAUAAGGGUGUCAAGAGGACAGCUGAAGUACCUGUGAGUGAGGCCAGUGGACAGGACGCACCAGCUAAAGCAGCAAAGCAGGAUACAGAGGAUAUAGCAAGUGAUGCCAAAAGAAAACGGGGGCGCCCUCGAAAAAAGUCAGGUGGAAGUGGGGACAGAAAUUCCACCCCCGAGAAGUCAGCAGCUGCCAUGGACUCUGCCCAGUCCUCAAGGUUACCAUGGGAGACAUGGGGUUCAGGAGGGGAAAGCAACUCAGCUGGAGGAUCAGAGAGGCCAGGGCCAGGGGUAGAGGCCGAGCAGGGAACAAUGUUUGCCCAAGCUCAGGAAGAUGGUGCCGUUUCCAAAGGAGGAAGGGGCCCCAGUUCCCGGCAAGCCAAAGAAGUAGAAGAUAAAAUUCCUCUUGUCACCUCAAAAGUGAGUGUCAUCAAGGGCAGUAGAAGCCAAAAGGAGGCUCUUCAGUUGGUAAAGGGAGAGAUAGAUGCGGCAGCACAGGGUAAUAAAGUCUUAAAGGGGCAUGUGCUUCAGAGUUCUUUAACCCAUGAGCGUAAAGACCCAGAGGCAACACCCCCAUGAUAUCUGUGGAGAAGAGUGUCUGUUGUCCAUAUAUUAACUCUGCCUGCCUGCCUGGUAGAAGCCCUUCUUCACUGCACUCGCUUCUCAUUUGCUAUUCUUUGCCUAAGGUAGUCAUUCUCCUCUGUAAGGACAACUGAGUCGCCCAGUCUUACAGAGUGUCUGGUGGCUGCCUCUAACCUUUCCAGCUUAAUACCGUGGCUUUAGUGUAACCAAUAAAUCUGUAAUGACCUUCUUACCUGAAUCCCUGUGCUCUCCUGUGGGAACACAGGGAUGGGUAAGUAUGAUGGAUAUACAGGUUAGAGAUUUUCUGGUUUUCAAUAUAGAAAAACCUAACUCAAACUGGCUUAAGAAAAAAAGAAUUGCUGGGUGUGGUGGUGCAUACCUGUAAUCUCAGCUACUUGGGAGGCUGAGGUGGGAGGAUUACCAGUUUGAGGCCAGCCUAGGCAACUAGAUCAGGCAAUUUAGAGAGACCAUGUCUCAGAAUAAAGGUA